GCGCCGGAGAAGUGGAGAUAGCAGGAGAAGAAACAGGAGAUUGGUUAGCUAGGGAUCAGAUCCGGGACGGGAAGCUAAGGAUGAAUGGCGGAGGCGGAAGCUCUGGAAACGGGCCAGCGAAGCGGCUGACGGCGGAGUCACUGCGGAUAUUCGAGGAAGGAAUGUAUUUGAUUCUCACCAGAUGGUCGGUUCUUCGGGACGUCGUCGAGCAGGAAUUAGCCGGCCGCGGCUCCCGGCAACUGGCCGAUCAACUUGCAUCCGACGUCUACUCCUGGUUCACCCGCCACAAAGCCAACGAGCCGCUUUACAUUGAUGAUCUAGAAGACAUUCUUGACGACGGAACCGAUUCUCUGGGGGUCAGGUUUGAGGACGACGGCCGCGAAAUUGAGGAGGUUGCAGAGAAAUUGAUGAUUAUGCACGAGGAAUGUUUGGAAGGUAACUAUAGCUCUGUCGAGAAGCUGAGAAGCGCGCCAGUGCCUAAUGCUGCCGCAACUCAUCAUCAUAUUACACAGACUGCCAUUGAUGAUGAUGAUGAUGAUGACUCUUCUGGAAGUGAUGAUGGAGAUAAGAUGAUUACUGGUGGCGAGUCAAAUAUGAUGGCGGUGGAUUCACCGGUUACUCAACCGGAGGUUGAUGGGUGGACUACAGUGGUCUCAUCCCGUCGAAACAGAGGUAGAAGAAGGAAUUAAAGUUUAGACUGAGAAGCAAAGGGAAUGGAAGCUCUCUUUUAAUGCUUUGCAUCAUUACUCAUUAGA